AUGAAUAAUCUGCAUAUUUAUGCUCUGUUGCGAUCGGAUAAACCAGACGACUUUGAUCUACAAUUAUUAACUGAUAAGGAGGAAAAAAAGUUGUUAUUUAAGCGUAUCGCCAAUUUACAAGCAGAAAAACCUGUUGUUGGCGGUCUACCAUAUUUAUACUAUUUGGAAUUCACGAAUGAAACAGGUAAAUACGCACAAUCAAUAACUUCAUACUACUUAAGAAUAUCAGCUGCUGGCACCAUAUCAAAUUGGCAUUAUCAGGAAGACAAAGAAUUACGAAAACGACAAUGGUUUGAUGUAAAUGCUGUGAAUCAUCAAUUUCUGCUGUCUGUAGAUUUUCAGCGAGGAACCUGGAGGACAAAGCCGCCUUGUACUAGUGUUUUAUAUUGGGACCAAUUAUGGCAGUAUACGUAUUUUAUAAUUCAACAAAAUGAUAUUGAUCUAUUCGAUCGAUUUAUUGAGCAAUUUAGUAUAACAUGUAUUGAUUUUUCACAACCAAUUGACGUCGAUUUGUUUUUUCAACAAUGUUUCAUAUAUUUACCUACUAUUCGCAACGUUUGGGAUGACAUCGUUCACGUUAGUAUUGUAAUUGUGCGUAUGAUUGGAUUAUUAAAUAUUGGUCAAAGACCACUACAGAAACAAGAAUCAAUUGCCUAUAUUGAUAUGUUGUUACAAUCAAUCUUAAAUAAAAUUGAACCAUUUUUCAAUUCUAUAAACGAGAACCAUUGGUUAUUAGUAAAAGAUGGUUUAACGAACUUACUCUCUCUCAAGUUUCAAAUAUAUGCUGCAUCACAAAAAAAUGAUAGUAUAACAUUUAUUAAUCUGAUACCGCACACUCAUCAAUACCAACAACAAGUUGCUGAUAGUGUAGCAAAACAAAUAACAUUAUCAAAUAUUAAACCAACACAGCCGAAUUGGUUAGAUUUGUUCAAAAUGACGACAGAUGACCAUUUAAUACUUGAGUGUUUACAGUUAGCAAAUACAUUCAAAGAAUAUAUAAACUAUGCUGAAAGACUUUUAAAUUCGAAAACCAUACAAAAUAUAAAAGAACAUAUUUCUGAUAAUUUAAAAGCAAUGAUCCGCAAAAAUCAUUUUGAAUUAACAUUUGAAAAUAUUUUAUUUUUGUUCAAAACGUUGAAAACAGAUUGUAAAGAUGAUUUACGUAAUAUUUUAGAACAAUCUGAAGAAUUAUCUUCAUACAUUGCAAAUUAUUUGAACAUGUUACGAAUUACUGAUAAGAAUCAAUUACGUUCACUAUAUCAAGUAUUCAAUGAAUACUACAAUCCAUAUCUACUACGUUACAUAGGAAAAACAAGCUAUAUCAGCAAUAUUCUGAAGCAACAUAAUUUUGUCGAGUCACGUCUUCUAACUGAAUUUCAUAUCGAAUGGUUCAACUGUUUCCUUUGUGAUCCACAUUACACGAAUUCAGAUGAAGAAGCAAGCAAUUUUCGAUAUUUCUUAGACAAUUGGUUAAAACAGUUCACUCAUCAUCUUCCAGCUUAUAUUGAUCUUAUUAAAUCAUUAGAUAUAUUAAUUCCGAUGUUAGAAAAUAGUGAAAAUAAAAAUAAAACGUCAACAUCACGUGAUAUCAAUUAUUCAAAACGUUUUACAGAAGCUCAAAAAAGACAAUUUGAUAAGAUAUGGCAAUAUGUUCAAAAAUUUCGUGGCCAACAACCAUCAAUGGCAAUAUUAUUGAACAAUGCACGUAAAGAAAUGGAAGAAAAAUCAAAAAUUAAAGAAAAAGUUCAAACAUGUUUAAAAAUGUACUGUGAAAAAGCAGAUGACAUUCAACAAUAUCAAUUAAUAAUAGACGAUUUAACACAACAAUUAAUAACUAAUGCUAUCAAAUCCAUUCAGAUACCUAAUGAGAUUUUAGGAUUGGUGCCAUUUGCUGAUGUGUUAAAUCCAUACAAUUCGUCAAAGGCAUGGCUUUCGUUUCGGCAAAAUCAACAGAACAGUUGUGAUAAAAACAAGUCAGUGGACAAAUCGGUGAAUCCUGAAAAACAACAAACCUCUACAGAGGUACCAAUCAAUUCAUGUCUCGAUAUUUUGCAAAAGACAUGUGAUUUAUUCCAACAUUUUACGAAACAUCUUGAAUCAAUUUCAAAACAAUGGAAAACUAUUCCAAUUCAAACAAUAAUUAUGACUUUCAAAGAUAUUGAUUUGAUUGAAAAUGAAAUGCAAUUAUUAACUAGUCUUUUAGAACCAAGCGUAAUUCCACCUUUAACUUGCAUUCUUGAUUAUUGGAGAAAAAAAGAUAAUGUUCAUAAAUUGUGCAAAGGAUUUGAUCAUUUGGUAAAAUUCUAUAAUUUAUCAGGUGAUUAUAAAUUUUUGUCAGUAUUAGAUAAUAUGACUGAAGCCACGAAUGGAGAUAUGUGUUAUAUUAAUUACCAACAAUUCCAAGAAGGAACUUUUAAAAAAUACUCUGAAGAAGUAUUAACUGUCUGUUUACAUUAUAAUGAUUCAAAAAAGCUUGUUGAUUUUGUUGAAAGAUUAAAUCGAACUGAUAUGGAUAAUUUAUUAGAAGCUGUUAAUGAUUGGGAUGAAUCGUUCAUUACAACACAAACGAUUAUGGAUUUUGUUCAAUUAGGACGCUUUCUUACCAGUAUUAAUAAUUAUAGCAGUAUUAUUGGACAAACAUCAAAAACGCUAAAUAAUAUUUUAUCAUAUAUCGACACAUUAUUAAAACAAAAAGAAUAUUCAUAUAUAAUCAGUUAUUUUCAAACAUGUUUACCUGCAUUACCUGGUAUUCAGCGAUUAUAUUUGGAACUAACUGAUAAAGAAGAAUCGAAGCGCACAAAAAUAUUUCAUAUUAUUAAUAAGUCAUCAUUAAAAAUUACUGAAGCAUACCAGCAAUAUCUUCAACAGGAUAACUCUAAGAAAUAUGAUGUAUGUGUAAAAAUAGACAAGGGAGGACAAUUUAAUUAUUAUAAUUUACAUGAAUUAAGGGAUAGAGCAAGAUUAAUAGAAUAUUCCGGUAAUGAAAGAAAUGUGCAACGAAAAUAUACAAGAGAGCAGGAAAUACAGUUUUUACGAUGUUUUGUAUCAUUGGUUGAUGUUACUGAAAAUAUGUUGGGUAAUUUAAAUCAUUUGAAUGUUAUGGGUUAUCCAGCAAUUGAAAAAUACUCAGAAAAUGAAUAUAAAUGUGUUAAGUGCGAUUUUUCAGAAUUAAAUCAGCUGAAUGUUUCAUUGAAAAACACAGUUGAACUAUGGGAAGGAAAGUUAAUUGAAUUAUACAAAUGUUAUCCAGAGUUAACUUAUCUAUCAGGAAAACAGUUUUGGACUGUUGAAAAGGCCUUACAAAAUAAUAAAGAACUGAAAUCACAAGAUCAAGAUUAUCAUUUAUUAAAAUACAUUGGAAUUGAAAAUUUUUCUUCGACGAAAUUUAUUAUAAAUGAAAAUUUAAAACCGGAAGAAAGGUUAGAAAUUCUUGGAAAAGUCUUAAAUGAACAACGUAGAUGUGUAAUAAAACCGUUAUCCGUAUCUGAAAAUUCAAUCUCUCCAGACCGUCAAGGAGGAAAGAUUUCCAUAAUUGAAACAUCAAUUGAAGGUAGAUAUAGAGCAAUUUUAUCUCUAUUUCAUCAUGAUAAUAGUGAUCCUGCAGUAAAUCAAAUAUUAUUCUGUACAACAGAAACAAACUGGAUAGAUGUUCGAGCUUUUUUCUAUCGUUGUUUUUAUUCAUCAUCUAAUUUAUAUCAAUUAAUUGAACCUGAACGAUUGGAAUUUAAUAUACAAGACAAAUGUUGUCAAUUGAUAAUUAAACUAGUUGAGAAUAAUCCAUCACAUAAAUUUAAAUUAAGUAUAAUAACAACUGAAAUUCAAACUCAUCUUAUUAAUGCAAUAUUACGCAUGGAUACAGCUAAAACUGUACGUGAUAACGAAUUAUUAAAUGAAGAUGACCUAAAAAAAUAUGUAAAACAAAUAGUGAAAAAUUGUCAUCUUGUGUCAUCAACAAUGGCAGGUUUAGGUAAAACAACAUUCAUUCAAAACCAUGCACAAAAGUUCAACCGAAACUUGAUUAAAUUUCCUAUUACGGGUGAUUCGAGUUUUGAUCAAAUUGGUGAACGGUUGUUAUUAAUUACUACAUCAAAUGCAAUUCAUUUUGAUAUUGGUUCAGUAGAAAAUAUUAAUUUAUUAAACUCUAUUCUCUUUUGUUUAUGUUUAUUUCGUAGUUACUGUUUUUCACAAACAGUUAUCUAUUUACCAAUGAAUACAUUAUUUUAUUUUGAAUUAGAAUCAUCACCGUUUUUCAAACUAAAUCAAGAUAUGUUCAUAUUUCGUUAUUUAGAAUCAACAGAAAUCGAUGAAUUUAAUUUGAAUAAUGUUCGAUAUGGAGAAACACGUUUACUUUAUGUUACACGUUAUUUAUAUGCUAUUGACAAGAAAAUAAUUAAAGAUAAAGAAAUAAAUAUUAUUUCUGAACAAUCAGUAACUAAUAGUAUGUGUAUUGACUUAUUGAAUAAAUACUUUAUUCAAAAUAAAGAUAAAAAAUAUUUAUCAUGGACACAAUUGAAAAUAUUUAUUAAUGUAUUUUAUCAUUUGUUUAAUGGAUUUUCAAAUUGCGGAUAUUUUCGUGUAGAUGCGCUACAAGAACCAAAAUUACGAAUGGAUAUUAUACAAACGUUUCUUAAUUCCUCAAAUCAAUUUACAUCAAUAUCAGUUAAAUCUGUACGUGAAAAUCAAGUGAUAUUAAAGAACGGUGAACAAAUUGACGAUCUUUUAAAUAAAUCAAUUAUAAGAUGGGAUACAACACAACCAUUCACUGUUGUUUUUACACAUUCAAAUGAUCCAUUAUUUGUAUAUAGAGCCCCCAAGGAUGUUCCAACAUCAUUACAAUUAUAUUUCAAUGCUCUGUCAAGAAAAAACAAUCGAUGGUUAGCAAAAGGAACAAAUGAUAUAUUUACUGAUUAUAAUCAACUAGAUCAUUUGGAUCUUUUCUUUAAAUUAGUUUCAUUAUCGAUCAAAUAUUGGAAUAAAGCAAUAUGCAAACAAUGUUUUAAACAGUAUCCAUAUCAAAGAAGUACAUGCACUGAAUGUAAAAUACCAUUAAGAAAACCGAAAUCAACUGAUACCAAUGACAUAAAACAAUUUCAAAAAGAAAUGGCAGAAAUACUUGAACGAGAAUAUGUAAUAACACCGGAUAAUUAUAUCAAAAUGCUGUUAGUAUGGCUGAGAAUUAGUAGUGACGUACCUGUUAUCAUUAUGGGUGAAACAGUAUAUAUUAUCAAUCAUAUUAUCUUAGGUUGUGGUAAAACAGCAUUAAUUAACUUUUUAUGUCACAAAAUUUUGGAUGAUGAAUUAUAUAUUUUUCAUGUUCAUGCUGGAAUUACAAAUGUAGAUAUUACUGAUACAAUAGGAAAUCAAAGCAUACGAGCUAUUGAACUAGCUAAAGUUGAAAAACGUUUAUGGAUAUUUUUUGAUGAGUUUAAUACAACAAAGAGUGUUGGAUUAUUUAAAGAAAUAAUGUGUGAACGAACAUUAUUAGGUAAACAAUUACCAAGCAAUAUGGUUUUCUUGGCUGCAUGUAACCCUCGUCGACUUAAAACGGAAAAAAAUCGUUCUGAUGAUAAUAUUGGCAUAGAAGGAAAGAAUUAUGAAAGACAAAAAACUACGUUGGGAAACCAUUUAUUGUAUACUGUAGUACCUACACCAGAAACAAUGAUCGAAUACAUAUAUGAUUAUGGUCAUCUCGAUAGUGUUACAGAACGAAAAUAUAUUGAAGCAAUUCUUCGAACAUGCACAGAUUUAGCAAAUGAACGACAAUUAUUCACUACAAUGGUCAAUGGCGUUUGUCAAUCUCAACUUCAUUUACGAAGUAUCGAAGAUGUUUCUAGUGUAAGUCUACGAGAUGUAGCACGUUAUCGUUUAAUAUAUAAUUGGUAUUACGAUACAUUCAAUAAACGUGAAAAUAACGUAUCCAAUAGACAAAACAUGGUCGAAUCAGGUAUUUUGGCAUUGAUGUUAUGCUAUUACUUUCGCUUACGCUCAUCUGCUGAGAAAACUAAUUAUAUCAAUAUGCUUAAAAAAUCAAUGUCAUUUAAUCAAACAAAUAACAAUUUUAUUGAGCAAAUAUUACAAAAAGAACAAGAUGAAUUAAUAAAACGAAUGAAAGAAAAGCCAGUUGGUACAGCAAUCAAUCGUGCUUUACGUGAUAAUUUAUUUGUUAUGUUUGUUUGCAUACUAAAUCGUAUUCCGAUUAUUUUAUGUGGUAAACCAGGCUGUAGCAAGACAUUAGCCAUUCAAAUAAUAAUAAGUAAUUUAAAAGGAAAAAAAUCAAAUGAUUUGUAUUUUCAACAAUUACCAGAAUUAAUCGCUGUAUCAUAUCAAGGAACGAAAUCAUGUAAAUCAGAAAGUAUUCAAUUGGUAUUUGAACGUGCUAAAAAAUAUAGUGAUGCUAAAACACAAACAGAAUUAUUACCAGUUAUUGUUUUUGAUGAAAUUGGUUUAGCUGAAUUAUCACCAUAUAAUCCACUUAAAGUAUUACAUAAGGAAUUAGAAAUUGAAAAUUGUAAAUACGGUUUUGUUGCUAUAUCAAACUGGAGAUUAGAUGCAUCGAAAAUGAAUCGUGCCUUGUAUUUAGCCUGUCCGGAUCCAACAAUUGAAGAUCUUCAAUUGACAGCAACAACAAUACAUAAAAGUAUAAAUGAAAAUCAAUAUAUACAAUUAAAUGAUGAUAUUAUGAAUGGUUUAGCACAUUCAUAUCUUGAAUUAUGUUACAAAUUGAAGGAAAAUCCAUCUCAUGAAAAUUAUUUUGGUCUUCGUGACUUUUAUUCAUUAAUAAAAGGUAUCGUAAAAGAAUUCGAUCGUAAAUCAAAAGAACUAAAGCAAAACAUUGAAAAUAAAAUUUUGUUUGAUAUUAUUCGUAAACAAUUGGCAAUUAAUUUUGAUGGUAUUAUCGAUGGUUCUGAAUAUAUGUGGAAGCGCUUUUGUUAUUAUACAAAACAUGAAGAUUUAAUUAAUCAAUAUGAGCCACCGAAUUUCAAAGAAAUAUUGAACCAUUCCUUAAAUGAUCGUAGCGGUCGUUAUCUCAUGUUGAUUUCUGAUUCUGAUAGUCUAAUUGAUUAUAUUGAAAGAUAUUUGAGUAAAAUCGCAAUUAAUAUUCGAGAAUUAAUUGGAAGUCAAAUAAAAGAUGAUCUUAAUAGUGAAGCAUAUGAUUAUCGUAUAUUAAUGGAUGUUAUUUUAUAUGCUGAAAAAACAAUAACAUUAAUAAUGCGAAAAAUGGAUAAAUGUUAUUCAUCAUUAUAUGAUUUAUAUAAUCAAAGUUUUUCAAUAUCUGGACAAAAAAAAUAUUGUCGUAUCGCCUUAGGAUCAACAUAUCAUCCAAAAUGUUUAGUUAAUGACAAAUUUUAUUGUAUUGUGUUAGUUAAUGCUAAAGAUGUUGAAAAGUCAGAUCCACCAUUUCUUAAUCGUUUCGAAAAACAUAAAGUUGAAUUUAAAGAUUUAAUUGAACCAUUACAUUUAACAAUAACACAAAAUCUAUUAUUAUGGUUUGAACGAUUAUUAACUAUUAAAAUAGGUAAAAAACAUUUUAUACAAUUGCAACAUCUAUUUGUUAAUUUCAAUUGUGAUUACAUAUGUAAUGUUGUUAUUGAUGCAUUUGAAUUAGACCAAAGAGAUCAAGAUGAUGUUAUCAAUCAUUGUAAAAAUGUCUUAAUGCAUUCUGCUUCUUCAGAUUUACCAUUAUUAUUAUCAUUACAAAAUGAAAAUGACAAUAAAGAAUAUGCACAUUUGUGUGAACAAUAUUAUCUGUCAAAAAAGAAUUCAACUCUUGAAAGUCUAUUAAAAAAUAUAUCAUCAAAUAUGAAUCAACAUAUUAUUUAUACUUAUACACAGAUUUAUGAUAAUAUUAAUUAUCCAAAAAAUAUCAAAAUAAAUAUUGAUGAAGUUAAACUUGCUAAUUUCAAAACGGAAUUAGAAUUAAUUAAUAAAAUGAAAGUACAUUUUCAAACGAGCACAACGAUAAAAAAAACAACAACAGAUUCAGCAACAAAUAUAGAUUUAUUAUUAAUCCGUGUCGAUUACUAUAAUGACCGUGAUCAUAUCUUAUCGUUAAAACACAAUAUUGUUAAUAUUUACAAUGAAUUUGAAAAUAAUCAGAUUAAACACAUUUGGAUUAUAUUUCAUUUACAACGAAAUAUCCUUACUCGUAUAUCAAAUGAUGUUUUAUUCAAUGGAUGGUCAAGUAUAAUGAUUGAAAAUCUCAAUGAUAAUGAGCAAAAGCAACUUUUACAAUAUAAUGUAUUACAACAACCCUCAUAUCAGUAUUUAAUCAACGAAAGAUUAUUUUCUUCACAAUUUUAUGAUUUAUUUGACAAAUGCUUAUCUCAAUUUCGUUAUAAUAUCACAAAUAUCACGAAAAAAUAUGAUAUCAAUAAAAGACGAAAUGAAUUAUUGCAGCAUUUUUAUAAUGAUCAACCUGGUGGUUUAAGUGAUAUCAUGAUAAAGAAUAUAGGUUAUCUUAUUGAAAAUGUUAACGACAAAAGUACUUUUGCUGAUUGGAGACUUGAUUUAAUUACAAAUAAUACAAUAGCAGCUACUGCACGUUCAUUUUAUGAUGCAUUUCAAAUGACCAUCGCUAACUUUUAUGAAAUGUAUUUUCUUUUAUUAUUUUCAAAUUUAGAAAAACAAGCACUUAUCGAUAGCUAUCUAUUUAUGACAACAAAAAUGACAGCUGAAGAACGCAAAACACAAGAAUUAUACAGACAUAUAUGGUAG